AUGAACAAGACAGCUCUAAUGGAAAGUCAAACUAAAGAAAAAGCUGCUGAAAAAGCUAUGAAACGUAUCAGAGAAGAAAAGACAAGGAGGAAAGAUGACAAGAGUGUUGAUCAUGUAUUAAAAGCUCUUGAUAGUUUAGGAACCACAGAAGAAAAACUUGGAGCUAUGUGCCAAAAAUAUGCUGAAAUGUUCAAUGAUCAUAGAUUAUUACAGAAUGCUGUCAAACAAGCUGAGAAAAAGAAUACAGUACUGCAAAAGGAGAAAGAGCAGUUACAAGCAGAACAUAGCAAAGCGAUUCUCACCCGAAGUAGAUUGGAAAAUUUGUGUCGAGAAUUGCAACGUCAAAAUAAGGCUGUAAAGGAAGAAUGUAUGCUCAAAAUGAGGGAAGAAGGAGAAAAAAAACGAGAGGUAGCUGCUAAGUUUCACUCUAUGUUAUCAGAGAUAGGCUCUUUACUUGCACAAAAUAGUGAUAAAAAUGCCAAACUCAGAGAUGACAAUCUUGACAUGUCCAUGAGAUUAAAAUCAGUUUGUGAUCAGUUUGAGAAGAAAGAACAGCAUGUUGAGAAUCUUGCAAAACAAAUGCAACUAGAAAUGCAGUUAGCUGAUGCAAAACUUGCUAAAGCAAAGAUGGAGAUGGACAUUGAAAAAGAAACAUUGCAAAAAGAAAAACAACAACUUCUUAUAGAAUUGGCUGAAUACAAAAGGAAAGUGUGUGAAAUGAAAGCUUCUGAGCUUGCCCUAAGAGAACAGAUCACAAUGUAUUCCGAAAAGUAUGAAGAAUUCCACAAAGCAUUGUUACAAUCGAAUUCUGCAAUUGGUGACUUUAAGGCUGAAAUGGAAAGGAUGACAAAGCAUAUACGUCGUUUGGAAAAAGAAACAGCAACAUGGAAAUCUAGAUAUGAUGCAGCCCAGAGGACAUUAGCAGAAGUGACAGAAGGAAAAAUUAGAUCCGACGAAGCACUGGGUUUGUCACUAAGGAGGCUGACUGCAUUGCAAGGACUUUGUCGGGGUUUGCAAGACCAAUGUCGCCAGCUGAGAGGUGAGAAAAAAGGAGAACCUUUAAGUGAGGAGGAUUACCAAAAAUUGGAAGCACAAAUUAAAGAAGCCACUACUGACAGUCCAAAAUCUCCAGUCCCGAGUACAGAUUUAUGUAAAAUAUCAAAUGAAGAUCCAUGUAUAAAAAAUGAUAAUGAACUGUUAACUAAUAGUACAAGCUCUGCAAACUCAUCAGAAGCACCAGCUUCUUCAUGCUCUGGUUUUGAUGAGGAAGAACAUGAAGCAAAUAAUGAAGUUGGCACUUCUGAAAAUAUUAGCCGUGAAAUGGAAUCUAAUAACACUACUGUCAUUGAAGAAACUUCGACUAUCUCCCAUGAGGCUAACUGUGUUGAGGAAAAAGAAAACAGAUUAUCUGAAGGUAGCAUAGAAGAAGAUUCUUCCUCAAAAUCUAUUGAAGAAAAACCUAUUAAUGGCAUUGAUGUAGAAAAUGGUGAUACACAAAAUGACUUACCGAAGUUAAUUUCUUGUGAUAGUUCUUUACCAGAAUGUACUAAGGAUGAAUUUGCAAUUGAAAAUCCUGAAAAUAAUAACUCUUCAUUAACUUUGCCUAUUAAAACAUUAGACUCAGAUAUAACUGUUGGAAAUAAUGUUCCUAUUUCAUUACAUAUUACAGAAAAUGGUGCACCAAAGGAACCACUAUCAGAAAAACAUUUAACAGAUGAAGUAAUAAAAACUGUUACUGAUGAUAGUGGCGAUAAUAUUAAUAUAUUAAGAGAGGAUAUUCCCCAUGAAAAAGUGUCAAAUCAAUUAAAUGGAGAAGUUUCGCUUCACAAUCUCAACAACUCCUGCGAUGAGAUUAAUAUUGAAAAUUCUAGCAUCAUUCAAGAAGUAAAUCCUGAUAAAACAAUUAGCAGCCCAGAGGAUGCAUCACAAUCUAAAUCUAAGAAGAAGCGAAAAAUGAAAAAAUAA